CAAAAAAUGUGUAUUUCCAAACUCGGUCAAACAAUUUAUGGGGUUUUGGCUUUAACUAUUGUUGCUUUAACUUUGGCUUCAAUGUUUACCCCAGGCUGGCGCAAAAUAAAUGCAGAAGUGAAAGAAGGCGAAGACCGCAGCAAAAUAAUUAAUCAAACAAUUUCUUUGGGAAUUUUCCCUUUCUCGUGCGGGUGGGAGUUGGGGAAAUCUGAGUUGCAUUUGAAUAAGUCGGAGACUGAUGCUAAUUGUCAAAAGUGGUGGGAGAAUCAACCAACAUAUGAGAAAUUUGUUUUGGUAUUUAUGAUUCUUGCCCUUCUUUGUUCUAUUGCUGCCUUUAUUUGGAAUGCUUUGACAUUUUGUUGUUGUAUUGGGAAAGGAGGAAUUUUCCGUCCAUUGCCUUCAUUGGCAUCUGCUUCAGCAUUUCUUCUUUUAUUUGCACUAGUCAUCUAUUACUUUAACAACGAUAAAGAUAUUGAAGUUUUAAAAGCCUGGGACAAUAUCAAAACAAUUGAAGACAACGAUAUUAGCUACAGUUUCUUCUUGGCACUCGGGGCAUUUGUUUUGUGCUUGGUUAAUUGUCUGGUAGGCUCUGUUGUUAUGUCCGCAGCGGAAAAGUGUUGUUAA